AUGACCUCCGCAUACUCCAUGGUUCAGGUACAAAAGUACCUGUCGUAUCUCUCCCUCCCGUCCAAGUAUCAUGCCUACGUAGAAACACCUCACCUCUUUCCCAAAGAUGAAGCAGCGCUCACCGUCCUAUUCCGAUGUCAAAUCACUCGGUUUCCCUUUGAAAAUCUAUCCGUCCACUACUCCGCUGCCCGUCAGGCAGAUAUCGACCCUGACACCCUCUAUUCCAAAAUGAUGGGAACUGGGGAAACCGGUCCCACUGGCCGCGGGGGAUAUUGUCUGGAAGUCAACAUAUUUUUCCACCACAUCCUCCGCGGUCUGGGAUUUGAUGUGUACAUGGUAGGAGCAAGAAAUCGAGACCGGGUGAAUGGCAUACCGCAGGGGGAUUAUCGAGGAUGGGUCCACAUGGCGAAUAUCGUCCGGCUCCCCUCUGGAGUCCGAUAUCAUCUCGAUGUUGGAUUUGGCGGCGACGGCCCAACCCGCCCAAUUCCGCUCGUGUCUGGAGAAGCAAUCACAACCCUUGGGACGCAAGAAGCCCGUUUGCUGUACGACCACAUCUCCAAAGAGUCACAGAGAAAGCGAAAGCACUGGAUUUACCAGUGUCGCAACGGUGUGGACAAGGAAUGGAACUCCUUUUACUGUUAUCCCGACCUUGAGUUUUUCGAGGAGGACUUUGAAGUGAUCAAUCGAUUUGCAGCCUGGGAGUUUCUUCAGAGGGAGCUGGCUGUCGCGGUAAAGUUUAUUAGGCACGGUGAAGAGAGAAGAAUCCUUGAGAAUCAAGAGACCCUUGUUCAAAUUCCAGCCGGACCAGAUGAAGUGCAUAUCGCAGGGAAGAUCAUAUUAGUCAAUAACGAGGGCAAGCCCUCCAUCCUAGCUAAGCCAACUCGCUCAGUCCAGUUCAGGAUUACUCCCUCGUCGACACCGAGGAUACCUAUCAACCAUGGCUGGCUCCGCUCGAGCUUGGUGGUUCUCAUUCUAGCCAUCACCAUCGGAUUCUACAAAAUCUACUUACAUGAUGCCGUCGUCCUCAUGCUGGGAAUCGGUCGAGUGGUUCAGCCUCUCGAAGACUUCCCAGGUUAUCGCUGCCAGCGCAUCCAGCACCCACUUUUGGAGAGUUGCGAGGACCUCUGGCUGGAUUCCACGAACCGCAAGCUCUAUGCUGCUUGCUCCAGCCCAGCCGCGCGCAAGGCUUGGAGCCCCGGUGGAAACACCUACGACCUCGCAGGGCUGGCCGCAGCCGGCGGCUCCGAUCACAUCAGCGUGCUAGACAUCGAUGAACCGGGCUCCGACGGCUUGUACGGGGUACAUGCACUGGGUUUCCGUGAGGGAGCAAACAACCAACAAUUGCACCUGCAUGGCUUUGACGUGAGGCGGAUUGACCACGGUCGCCGACUUCGAUUCUGGCUGAUCAACCAUCGGCUUCCCAUCGACACUGCCACGGGGGAGUCUCUGUCAGACGCAACGCACGUGGGGGCCAACUCGACCAUCGACGUCUACGAUUUGGACCUCGGCAAUGCCCGCAGCACGGAUCAUUUGGAGCACGUUAAGACCAUCGUCAGCGACGCCAUCAUCUCCCCAAACAAUCUGGUGGUAAUAGAUGAUGACAAGGGAGAUUUCCUGGUGACCAAUGAUCACAGCACCAAAGUCGGCGCUCUCCGAGACCUGAGCUUUCUCUUUGGCGAUGGCAGCAUCGCCUACUGCCGGACGGAUACUGGGAAAUGCCACAUCGCCACGACGGACGACUGUUACUUACCCAAUGGUAUCACCAGGGACCCUUCAUCGGGCCAUGUCUAUGUUGCGCACUCUGCCAAGGGUACCCUCGGGGUCAACAGGCUCACGGACGAUAAUCGACUCGUCCAAAUUGCUGAGGUUCCGCUUACCAUGAGCGUUGAUAACCUGUCUAUCGAUGCAGAGGGCAAUGUAUUCGGGGGAGGUUUCCCAGAUGCAGCCAAGUUUUGGAAGGCCUGGGCUGAUCCCUAUGGUACCCCGGCACCAUCGACGGUGCUCAUGAUCCGGAGGAAACAGGGUAGUCACGCCCCCGAGGACGCGUACGAAGUUGUCAAGGUCGUCGAGGAUGGUGAAGCAAGGGUCCUGCCAACUACAACAACGGCGAUACAUGACCCGAUCUCCGGCCGAUUAUUCCUUGGGGGAGUAACAUCGUCGUUCAUCGGAGUUUGCGACAGGGUUGGGUAG